AUGAGUUACAUUUAUGAGAAAGCUAUGCAAAAGAUCGAUGACAGGAAAAGAUUGGGAAAAUUCGAGACAGAACUCGAGAAAUUCGACAAGCUUUAUAUGGACACAAAAGCAAAAGAUGGCGAUGGACAUGACGUGCGAAAGGACUUCAUUCAACUCGACGACAAACUUCGUUCACUCCUCGAAAAGUACGAGUUAGCCUCAGUGUUGGACGCGUUCAAAAUGAAAAGAAAGCUUCGAAACGAGCAAGAGAUGGCGAAUUCAAAUUUGGUAUUGUCUGCGGAGAAGUUCGCGGAUCCGAAAUUGCAAAAGCUUUGGGAUGGGGCACUCAUAGCAAAGUUUGGACCAGAGGAAUUAACGGCCCUACACGGUGAUUUGAAAGAGGCAGAGAGAAAGAUUGCCGAGUAUCACGAUGCAUUGCAAGACUUCAAUAAGGUACCACACGAGAACUCGAUUCAUUUCGAUCGAGACGAGAUCAUCGAUCAAAAGAAUCAACGUCUAAAAGAUGCGCACAAAAAGAUGUCCACCCAUUUGGAGGAAGUGCAUCAGAGGGUAACAAACGAGAAAUAUUCACCGUUUGAGGAUACAAAAGUGAAGAAACUGUGGAAUACGGCACAAGCCAACGCCAAUCUCACCGCACACGAUUUAGAAAUUCUCCAACAAGAACUCCUCCAUUUCGAACAACAAAUCAAAAAGCUCAACUUUCACAAAGAAGAAUUGAAAGCUAUUCGAGAGAUCACCGAGCACACAGGAAAAGCCACAGUGCAGAAUCUCGAGCACGGUGAAUUGGAGGCAAAACACGAGCGGAUGAGUCGAAAGUUGAAGAAACUCGAGACGUACAUCGAGGGGAAAGUUCGACACUCGGAAUUG